AUGGUAGACCCUACUGAUUCUUCUUCAGCUACUCAUCUCACCAAUCCUGCUCAAACUCAAGCACAGGCAGGGACUGCUGCACCUGAUUCCUCUCACCCUUUUUAUCUUCAUCCCUCUGAUUCUCCAGGCAUGCUUUUGGUCAAUGCCGUGUUUGAUGGAAAGGGGACCAAUGAUAUGGUGAUUUCCUGGCUAUUGAACACUUUUUCUAAGGAAAUAGCAGAGAGUGUUCUAUACUCAAAAAUAGCUAGAGAAAUUUGGUUAGAGCUUGAAGAAAGGUUUGGACAGAGUAAUGGACCACAUCACUACCAUCUACAGAAAGAAAUCAGUCAGACAUCUCAGGGAAAUCUGGACAUAGCUGGGUACUACACUAAGCUCAAAAGGCUUUGGGAUGAACUUGACAGUCUAGACACCUUCCAACACUGUACGUGUGAUUGUUCUUGUGGUGGUAAAAUCAAGACCUAUAAAUCACAACAAGAUGAGAGACUCAUUCAAUUUCUAAUGGGACUGAAUGAUGCAUAUAGUGGUCCUAGGAGCAGUCUACUCAUGCUCUCACCUUUACCAUCCAUCAAUUAUGCCUAUUCUCACCUUAUCAGAGAUGAGAAACAUAUAGAGAAUAGUGGAGGGAAUAGGUUCAAUGCUGAAAGAAAGAGUGAUGAGGAAAAGAAACCCGUUCAGUUCUGUGCCUAUUGUAAGAAGCAGAAUCACACCAUAGAUAAUUGUUACAGACUCAUUGGAUUCCCACCUGACUUCAAGUUUACCAAGUUCAAGAAAUAUGUACCUGGACCUAAGAGCAAUGCAGUUUUGCAUGCAGAAGAUGGUGGAAUUCAGUCAGUUCAAUCAGGAGAAAUACCAAUAAUACAAGAUCAAUAUUACAAUCUUUAUCAGCUGCUACAGAAUGUGAAAAUUGGAAAUCAAGUUAAUCAAGUGAAUCAGGUUAAUGAAGACAUUGCCUCUGCAAAUUGUGAUGGUAUAUUUCUUCGUCCUUGGCCCUCUACUCCUUCUAGAUCCUUCAUCAGUGUUUCUUUAAACUCUAUUGCUUGGAUCUUAGAUUCAGAUGCAUCAGAACAUAUGACCUGUAAUUCUAAGUUGUUGUUUAAUGCCCCUUCAAUGAAGAGGCCAGUAGUGCUUGGUGAAGUAAAACAAGGUCUCUACAUUAUCAAUUCAAGUCAAACCAAGUCUAGAACUAGAGUAGUUAGCAAAAUCAAGGCAUUAUGCCAUUCUCUUUGUAAUCAGCAUAUUAAGAGCCAAUUUUCAAAUUAUGUUUUAUCCUUAGCUUCAGUUUCCAGUAAUGUAAGCCUUUGGCAUAAUAGGUUGGGGCAUUCGCCAUUAUCUAAUAUGAAAAAUAUCAGUUCUAUUUCUUAUUCUGGUUUCCCUUCUAACAAGCAUGCUUGUGAUAUUUGUGCAAAAGCAAGACAAGUAAAAUUACCCUUCCCUUCUAGUUCUAUUACUACAAAGCGUGUGUUUGAUCUUAUUCACAUUGAUGCUUGGGGACCAUAUAGAACUCCUACUCAUGAGGGGUUCAAAUAUUUUCUUACUGUGGUUGAUGAUUACAGUCGAGCUACUUGA